UCCGGGGCGGAGUAGCCGCAGCCGGAGCCUGGGGCACUCCGCCCGGCGCCGUAUAAACGCGCCCAGCCCCUGUGUUGCCUAGCUUGGCCAGUCCGGCCAGUUGGUGGGCAUGGCGCUGAAGCCGGUGUUGGGGAAGCUCGGCAGCAAGCGGGUGGUGCUGGCCAGCGCCUCCCCCCGCCGGCAGGAGAUCCUCUGCAACGUGGGCCUCCGAUUUGAGGUGGUUCCAUCGUGGUUUAAAGAGACGCUUGAGAAGUCCUCUUUUGCAACCCCUUAUAAGUAUGCAAUAGAAACAGCAAAGCAGAAGGCACUUGAAGUGGCAAAUAGAAUGCAUGUAAAACACCUUAGAACUCCAGAUAUUGUCAUAGGAGCAGACACUAUUGUGACUGUUGAUGAAUACAUUCUGGAGAAACCAGUUGAUAAACAAGAUGCAUACAGGAUGCUGUCAAGGCUGAGUGGGAAGGAACACAGUGUCUUUACAGGAGUGGCUAUUGUUCAUUGCAACAGUAAAGAUAAUCGUCUAGAGACUGAAGUCACUGACUUCUAUGAAGAGACAAAAGUUAAAUUUGCUGACCUGUCUGAGGAGCUUUUAUGGGACUACAUUCACAGUGGAGAACCAAUGGACAAAGCUGGGGGCUAUGGAAUCCAAGCCCUUGGUGGAAUGUUAGUGGAAUACGUUCACGGAGACUUUUUAAAUGUGGUGGGAUUUCCUCUGAAUCACUUCUGCAAAAAGUUAGUGGAGUUGUAUUAUCCACCUCCCAAACAUACUUUACAUCAUAUAAAGCAUGACUCUGUCCCAUCUGUAGAGACUUUUGAGAACAUAAGUGAUGAGGAGAGUGAUUCUUCAAGUCCUAUACAGUAUAAAGAUGCUAUCAAAAUGGACAGAAGUAAGCUGCAUUCCUCAGGAGGUGGUUGCAGCCCUGGAAGCAGUAAUAUCAUCAAACCUAAUUGCAUGGUGCCUGUGGAAAAUUGGAAUGGAGUGAUGGAAAAUCCAGAUAAAUUCCCAUCUAAAAUUGUAGAACUUCUGGAUGGAUUUAGAGCUUCAAAGGCUUUGUUUGUGGCCUCUAAGCUCAAAGUGUUCGAUCUUUUGAAGAAUAAAGGUGUACUGCAGUCUGUGGAUGUCGCAAAUACAAUAAAUGCCUCUGUGUGUGGAACAGAAAGACUGCUUGAUGCGUGUGCUGCUCUUGGAUUGCUAGAGAAAACCAUUCAAGGUUACAGUAAUACAGAUUCAGCAAACACAUAUCUGGCAUCAGACAGUGAGGACUCACUUCAUGGCUACAUUAUCCACUCAAAUGACCAUCUUUGGCCUCUCUUUACACAUCUGGAGUCUGCUGUUAAAGAGGGAACCAUGCAGAACUACCGGGCUUUUGGGAAAAAAUCGGAGAAUUUAUUUCAGGACUCUUAUUACCAGAGUAUGGAAGUUAAGCAGCGUUUUAUGGCAGCCAUGCACAGUAUUGCCAAAUUGACAGCAAAAGAUGUGGCGACAGCUUUUGAUCUUUCCCAGUUCAGAUCUGCCUGUGAUUUAGGAGGUUGUACUGGAGCUCUGGCUAAUGAAUUGGUUCAAAAAUACCCAAACCUCAAAGUGACUGUGUUUGACCUUCCAGAAGUCAUUGCAAAUGUCUCUCACUUUCAACCUGUCGGACAGCAUACAGCUCCAGUGACAUUUACAUCCGGUGACUUCUUCAAAGAUAAUCUUCCAGCAGCAGAUCUGUACAUCCUUUCCCGCAUUCUACAUGACUGGACUGAUGAAAAGAUUCACGUGCUGUUAAGCAAAAUAUCAGCUGCUUGCAAACCAGGAAGUGCCUUGCUAGUGGCAGAAAUUGUGCUCAACGAAGAGAAGAUAAACCCUCCUAGAGCUGUACUGCAGUCCCUCAGUAUGACUGAAGGCAAGCAGAGAAGUGCCUCUGAAUAUAAGCAGCUGUUGGAAAAAUAUGGGUUCACCAGUGUACAAAUAAAGAUCACAGGAAACUUUCUAGACACUAUUCUGGGUUUCAGAAAACUUUCUGCACAUUAGUUUUUUUAUGCUACAAAUAACCGGGGUACCAAGCUUUGAUAAUUUAGACAACAUGUAUUAACCAUCCGCUAGCGUGCUUUGUUUUGCCAACUGCCUACCUAUUUCAAGGACUUUGUAUGAAAUUUCUAAUGGCCUGUGGUAUGUCUGUAUCCCAUCCAGAAAUGCAGCCUCAGCUCAUGUAGACAGAUCCAAGAUGCUAUAAGCUGACAGCUGUGUAGCUCCAGCAGCACAGAGCUCAGCAUUUUGUAAUUGCCCAGCUGCGUGGGUAGGUUUUGCAGCCUAGGUGAGUUCUCUGCUGCUGCUGCAACUACAUUGCUGUAAAAACUCAAGUUAGCCUGGAUAUGUCUAUGUGAGCUGUAAGCACACUUUCUGGCUGCGGUUCUCUGGAAAAUUGUUCAAAACUAAAGGAAGUUUUCUCCCUCACUAAGCAACAUAUUUAGUUGCUAUCAGCCGUUUUUGUUUGUUUUCACAAAAACAGUGUUUUGAAACAACUUUACCAACAAUGGAAAUUUGGGGGUGUUGAAGUGUUAGUGAUCCUUUCCCCGCCCUUAAUUUCCUUUGCUGUUUGGCCCAGAAGUAGAAGAGGAAGAUUUAACCCUGAGAUGCAUGUCUUUUUUGCAGCCAAAAGUCAAAACAAAACAAAGGGUGGUAUUUUGAAAUGGGUCUUAAUAUUCUAUGCACUUACUCCUUGGUCAUUGUGGUACCUUUGAAAAACCCACACAACUAUCAAGUCGCUAGUUUCUUGUUGAUGAAGAUUUGCAGUUCUCUAGAAAUCGCAAUUUCAUAAAUUCUGUAAGUGAAUUGUCCAGCACAUGCAUUCUCAAACUGAGAGCCUGAAUCAUUCCUCUCAAAUACAGCUUCGCCUAAGACCAUAGUCGACUUCAGACCUCACUGCAGCAGAUUUCCAUAGCAAUAUUCCCACUCAGCCAGGAUGAAAGGGAGGCUCUGCCUACUUUAAACUGUCAAGCUCAGCAACUUUUAAAGAUUCUAUGAACAAGGGCAACAAUUACAUAGAUUUGUCUGGCAGAGUUUGUCUUUUCAAGUUAAUCUUGCACCAUAAAUGUCUGUCAGUAACUUAGUUAGUUUGCUCAUUGAGCACUGAGCAGGGCAAAGGUGAGCUGGUGAAUCAGUCUUAUCAGUAGGGGUCAUACUACAAUCUGUAGUACAGCCACGCAAAAUCAUUGUAAAAACUUGUCACGUACUACUCCAGGCAUGGCCAGCCUGCCACGUGUGUGGCCUACGGCAGGCAGACAGGGCACCAGCAAGUGGGGCAGAAAGGAAAAGCAGAGCAACAGAUUGGGCAUGUAGUACAGGGCAGGAGGCAGAAAGAGCAGGCAGGGGAAAGGGAUCAGGGUGGGACCCUGAGAGGGUGCAGAGUUAAUUUUUGGCAUCCCUGCCAAAAAGUUGGUCACGACUGUACCAAGCAAUCUCUUCCACAUAAGAAUCUUUAUUCACCGUUAGCAGUAAAUGAGUCAAAUUUUGCAAGGCUGGUUUAAGCAUUGCAAGCAUUGCAUUUCAAAGACCAAGUGACCUCUUUCAAAAUGUCCAGCUACUAGACAAGUCUAAAACUCCUUUCUCUCUAGUACAAAAAAGUCUUAUUUCUGUCUUUUAACUGGUAUACAUUUAAAUAGGACUCAUUCCAGUAAGGCAUCAUACCAACAAGUUUCAAGUGUUAUUCUUGCAACAAAUAGAAGCUUAAUUCUGUUAAAUACAGCAUAUUGAUGAUGCAGGCAAGCACCAGGAUUGUAAUACUGUUACUGUCAAAUAAUUAAAUUGGAACCCUCUGAGUAUUGCAUACUCACUUACUGAGACUGGGCAUUUGCAUUAGAAGAGCAUCACUACUAAGUUUUUUUUUUUUUUUAAAAACAGAGAACUUACUUCGGAAGCAUCCAUUUUAGCAAAGACAUGACGCCGUUGUAACAAGUGGCUUUCUAUGUCAGCUGGCACAUUUAAAAUAAUUUUCACUAACUACUUUUGAAUGUCUGACAAAGGGUGGCUAAUGAGGGUUGCAGGAAAAUAUGUUUUGCGCUGCGGGUGAUGUCUGUAUUGUCAGAGUGUGCUCUCACUGUUACAAGGGAGAUUUGCUGACGAGCACAAAAGAUGAAGUGCUGCCUUUCAGAAAGCAGAGUGGGAAAGGACAUCAACAGUGUUUUCACUUGCUUUUCAUAAUCCCAGUUUGCACCCAAGAUUCCUAAUGAAUGCCUGGAAUUAUGCUGUGCGCAAGAGAUUCAAAAUUGGACAUGGUAAAAGCAGUUAGGGGCAGGACUGUAUGAUCAGUUUAAGUAUCCCAAAUUGGGGAGAAGUUAGACAGAUGGUCUGUCACAAAUUGCAGACAUAAAUAUGCAGCUUCCUAGACAGAACUUUGUGUAUAUUCACUGCUGACUAGGUCUUAAAGUUGUCUUCUAUUGUGAAAAAGCUGUCUGAACAAUGAUUAUAUUCAUGGAUAAUUUGGGGACAUUCAAGAUGAGGAAGACUUUAAUUAACUGUAAUGAGGGAUUAUGUUGGGGGAAAAAUAACAUGUCUGAACUGAUACCAGCAAUAAAGCCUGCUUGUUCUCUUCUUGCUGUUUUGGUAAAUUGCUUUAUGGCACUGAAGAAUACCUGUGUUGAUAUGAGGUGAUUCACCCAGUGAAAUGAAUGUAUCUGUACGUAUGAUCUCAUGUGCAUGUUCAUCAGAAUUCAGCUCAUUUGUCUGAAUUUCACUUUGGAGUGUGGGAUGUGUCACCAUUAUCUUUUAUAAAUAGUAUAGAGGAAAUACAGUGCUGAAAAAUGGGUUAAUGAUUUCCUUGUGGCUGAAACACCAAAGGGAUCAGUGCAAAAGGUGGAAGAGAUCGACAAAACAAUAAGAUUAAAGUAAGAGAUAGAGACAGGGAAAUUGGAAAAGAGUAUUAGGGAGUAAAGUGUGAUUGAAGUGAUAACAUAAUGUCUUCUUUUCAGUUUCCACUUUUCUACUGAAUUAAACAUACUGAUUCCAUUGCAGAAGUGAAAUAUUUUCUCUAUCAAGGAGACCAAAGGGGUUGUGGUAAUGGAUAUCUCAGUAUCAGUUGACAAGUGUCAGAGUUUAGGAAGGGUGGUCUAAUGGUUAACCUCCCUUUUCUUGGGCUCCACUUCAACUUUGGAUUUGUUAGCUGAUUCUUGGGCUGGAUGGGCAGCAGAGAAGUUUUUGGUCUCCCUUGCCAUCACCUUGAUGCCAUAGGUUGCUUCUCCCUAGUGUGUUCCAACAUCCACUUGCCUUAUUUAGCAUUAAACGUAGAACUGAAGACUUCAUUUCUGGGAAAACGGUUAAUAUAUUCUGCCCAGGAAAGCCUGUCCUUUCAUGUCCAAACCCUCCCUACCAAGAAACACUGACAUCCCCAACCCAAAGUGUUCAUCGACCAAAACCUACUACCACUGAAUUU